CGCUGAGCAAACACACUUCCAUCAAACACGUGCGCCGCUCUCCCCGAAUAAGAUAGGCGCAUCCGUGUAGCAAGUUGUCCUCUGCUGCUGCACCGUAGGCGCAAUCAUUUAGAAGUGUCGCGAGCCAGCAGGAAGCGCGCGGCCUCUUGACUGACACCCUUUCCCGGAAAGAGCUGAUCCGCGACAGGGGAUAUGCUGCCUCAGUUCGCGACUCGUGCAGUGCUGCUGCUUCGCUGCGCGCCGGCAGCCGCCGUUUCCAGGGCGAGCAUGGCUACGAAGAUACCGGCCGAGUAUCGCAAACUGGUGUGCGUAAAGACGACGCCCAAGUUCCGCGAUGCGGUAUCUGUGGUCACGGUGCCCAUGCCGAAGCCUGGGCCGGGCGAAGUGCUCGUGCGCACCUGCUACGCCGGUAUCAAUGCUUCGGACGUCAAUGCAACCGCCGGCCGCUACGUAAACGCACCAAAGCAACACCCGUUCGACCUAGGAUUCGAGUCGGUCGGCGAGGUGGUCGCGGUCGGCCCAGACGUCGAUGGACUUCAGGUCGGCAACGCCGUGGCCACGACCAACUUCCCCAACUUCGGCGCGUUCGGCGAGUACCAAUGCGUGAAGGCAACGUGCGCGUACCGCAUACCACAGGUCAUACCCGAAGUAGUGGCGCUCCUGGUAAGCGGCCUCACGGCCGCCAUCGGUCUCGACCAACAGGGACGCAUUAGCGCUGGCGAGACGGUGCUAAUUACAGCGGCCGCGGGAGGUCUGGGUCAUCUGGCGGUGCAGUACGCGCGCGCAGCCGGCUGCCGCGUGGUGGCCACCUGCUCCUCGGACCAGAAGGAGGAGUACCUGCGCAGUCUGGGCUGCGAGAAGGUCAUCAACUACCGCACCCACGACCUGGGCGCCGAGCUGGGUAAGGCGUACCCCGAAGGCGUCGACGUCGUCUGGGAGACCGUGGGCGGAGAGACGUUCGACACGCUCUUCGGGAAGCUGCGUCCGCGGGGCCGCCUCGUUGUGGUGGGCGCCAUCAAGGGCUAUCUCGAUGACGACAAACCAUUCCCGGAUGUUGACCUGCGCAACCUGCCCUACCGACUGCUCGCACGCUCGACCACUCUGGCGGGCUUCUUGCUUACCCACUAUGCCGACCUGUACCCGGAGUAUGUGGCUAAGCUGUACAUGAUGCUGCAGGACGGCAGCCUCGUUCCCAGGGUAGACUUCGGAGUAAACGCCGAGGGUGGGGAACUGAAGGGUGUUGAAGGGUGCAUACGCGGUGUCGAGUACCUUCACUCUGGCAAGAGCGUUGGUAAGGUGGUUGUUAAGUUUGUCUGACCUCUGCACCAUACACCACCUCUUUCACCGUGUAAUCACUUGGAAAAAGGACUGAAACAGCUCUGGCCAGGUGUUCAUGAAGUCCAAAUUUCCCACAGAUAUGCCCUUGUGCUGUUUCCUGCUGAAGGCACAGGAUAUAACGAUGAUUGCAAGCCAAACUAAUGUGUGAAAGGAGGCUUCAAAUUAUCGAUGCUGAGCUGUGCACCGAGUUGGAAGUUUCACAAUGUACAUAGAGUUUCAUUAUUAUGCCAAGACUUUUAAACUGGUCUUGGCGAGGAACCCCGAGAGUUGCACGUUGUUUAAUGGAAUGCACGAAGAAAGCGACAAGCCCUGAGCAGAAAAUUUUUCCACCGCACAGCAGUUAGAACAGCUGUUGUAACAAAGCGUCUGUCACAGGCUUAUCAAGGCAGACUAUACGAAGCUACAACAUGGCUGCAUGUGGCAAUUUUCGUGACUUCUGAAGCUGCUACAGCCAACAAUGCCACAUAGUCCACUCUUUGUGAUAGUUGCAUUUUUGCAGCUUCACCAUUCACCAGUCCAGCAUCAAGUGCCUGCUUUACAACAAUGAAAUAA